CUGCCCUGCCAGAGCGGCCACCUCCCCGGGCUGCGGGUGGAGGGCUACCAGGCGCUAACGUUACGCUGUUUCCGGUUUUCCUGCGGGCUCUGUUUCCCCUCCCAAGGCGGCGGCAGCGGAGCGGCGGAGCCCCCCAAAUGGCCUGGCCAGAUGCGGCAGGUUUGCUGCUCAGCGCUGCCGCCGCCGCCACUGGAGAAGAGUCGGUGCAGCAGCGACAGCGACAACAGCAGCAGCAGCAGCGAGAGGAGCAGCAGCAGCGAGAGCAGCAGCCGCAGCAGCAGCAGCAGCAGCAGCAGCAGGAGCAGCAGCCGCCACAGCAGCAGCAGCAUCUCGGGUCCCGCUGCGCCCCCAGAGCCGCGGCCGCCGCAACAACCGCAGCCCCGCAGCCCCGCAACCCCGAGAGCCGCCGCCCGGUCGCGAGCCGCAGCCGCCGGCGGCAUGAGGCGCGACCCGGCCCCCGGCUUCUCCAUGCUGCUCUUCGGGGUGUCGCUUGCCUGCUAUUCGCCUAGCCUCAAGUCGGUGCAGGACCAGGCGUACAAGGCGCCCGUGGUGGUGGAGGGCAAGGUGCAGGGGUUGGCCCCGGCCGGCGGCUCCAGCUCUAACAGCACCCGCGAGCCGCCCGCCUCGGGCCGGGUGACACUAGUGAAGGUGUUGGACAAGUGGCCGCUCCGGAGCGGGGGGCUGCAGCGCGAGCAGGUGAUCAGCGUGGGCUCCUGCGCGCCGCUCGAAAGGAACCAGCGCUACAUCUUUUUCCUGGAACCCACGGAGCAACCCUUAGUCUUUAAGACGGCCUUUGCCCCCCUCAACACGAACAGUAAAAACCACAAGAAAGAGGUGGGCAAGAUCCUGUGCACCGACUGCGCCAUCCGGCCCAAGCUGAAAAAGAUGAAAAGCCAGACAGGACAGGUGGGCGAGAAGCAGUCGCUGAAAUGCGAGGCCUCAGCCGGAAACCCCCAGCCAUCCUACCGCUGGUUCAAGGACGGCAAGGAGCUCAACCGCAGCAGGGAUAUACGCAUCAAGUACGGCAAUGGCAGAAAGAACUCACGACUACAGUUCAACAAGGUGAAGGUGGAAGACGCUGGGGAGUACGUUUGUGAGGCCGAGAACAUCCUGGGCAAGGACACCGUCCGGGGCCGACUCCACGUCAACAGCGAAGCUGAGGAGCUGUACCAGAAGCGCGUCCUGACCAUCACUGGCAUCUGUGUGGCACUAUUGGUCGUGGGCAUCGUCUGUGUGGUCGCCUACUGCAAGACCAAAAAGCAACGGAAACAGAUGCACAACCAUCUCCGGCAGAACAUGUGCCCAGCCCACCAGAAUCGGAGCUUGGCCAAUGGACCCAGCCAUCCCCGGCUGGACCCUGAGGAGAUCCAGAUGGCAGAUUAUAUCUCCAAGAAUGUGCCAGCCACAGACCAUGUCAUCCGGAGGGAAACUGAGACCACCUUUUCUGGGAGUCACUCCUGCUCCCCUUCUCACCACUGCUCCACGGCCACACCCACUUCCAGCCACAGGCAUGAGAGCCACACGUGGAGCCUGGAGCACUCGGAGAGCCUGACCUCUGACUCCCAGUCAGGCAUCAUGCUGUCAUCAGUGGGCACCAGCAAGUGCAACAGCCCUGCAUGCAUAGAGGCCCGGGCCCGGCGGGCAGCAGCCUACAGCCUGGAGGAGCGAUGCAGGGCCACCAUGCCACCGUACCACGACUCCAUCGACUCCCUGAGAGACUCCCCACACAGCGAGAGGUACGUGUCGGCCCUGACCACGCCCGCGCGCCUCUCCCCCGUGGACUUCCACUACUCGCUGGCCACGCAGGUCCCCACUUUCGAGAUCACGUCCCCCAACUCGGCGCACGCCGUGUCGCUGCCCCCCGCCGCGCCCAUCAGCUACCGCCUGGCUGAGCAGCAGCCGCUCCUGCGGCAGCCGGCUCCCCCGGGGCCCGGGCCCGGCGCAGACAUGCAGCGCAGCUACGACAGCUACUACUACCCGGCAGCAGCGGGGUCGCGGCGCGGGGCCUACGCACUGGGCGGCAGCCUAGGCAGCCUGCCCGCCAGCCCCUUCCGCAUCCCCGAGGACGACGAGUACGAGACCACGCAGGAGUGCGCGCCCCCGCCGCCGCCCCGGCCGCGCGCCCGCGGCGCGUCCCGCAGGACGUCGGCGGGGCCCCGGCGCUGGCGCCGCUCGCGCCUCAAUGGGCUGGCGACGCAGCGCGCACGCGCGGCGCGGGACUCGCUGUCGCUGAGCAGCGGCUCGGGCUGCGGCUCGGCCUCGGACGACGACGCGGACGACGCGGACGGGGCGCUGGCGGCCGAGAGCACGCCCUUCCUCGGCCUGCGCGCCGCCCACGACGCGCUGCGCUCGGACUCGCCGCCGCUGUGCCCCGCGGCCGACAGCAGGACUUACUACUCGCUGGACAGUCACAGCACGCGCGCCAGCAGCAGACACAGCCGCGGGCCCCCGCGGGCCACGCAGGACUCGGCGCCCCUCUAGGGCCCGCCCGCCCCGCCGCCACAGACAGACGCGACCGCCCGAGAGAGAGGAGGAAACACAGAAAUAAAAAAAAUAUUUUUAUUUUCUAUAAAAGGAAAAAAAAAGGUAUAACAAAAUGUUUUAUUUUCAUUUUAGCAAAAAAAAAUUGUCUUAUAAUACUAGCUAAUGGCAAAGACGUUUUUAUAGGGAAACUAUUUAUAUGUAACAUCCUGAUUUACAGCUUCGGAAAAAAAAAAAAGAAACAACAAAAAAAAUAAGAGAGAUGGGCCAAUUUUUUUGACUCUUUAAUAGAAACCUAUAUUGUGGUGCCUUUUGCUGUACGCUAAUCUGGAGCUCCUGGAGAGAAGUCUGGGGUGUGCGGUGCGGUGCGGGGGGGGGGGGGGGACUGUGGGGAUCCCAGCUGGCGGGGUGGGAGAAAGGAGAGGCUGCAGGGCUUGCGGCGUGGGGUUGAGGACAGUCAGGGAUUGAACCCCCCCUCCCCCCGUACCUCCCAGGAAAGAAAUGAAGCUUUGCCCCCUUGCAAGGUCCUGAGUCCUGGACCCCCUGAGUGGAGGGCAGGGAUCCGAGGCUGGGAGCCAGAGGCAGGGCGGGGUGCGGUCCAGGGGGUACCAAGGCCCAGCGACAGCAACCAGAAUGGGGAGGGGGCCUCCCCGCUCCUCACAGCUGCUAAGGGCAUUGAGAAAGGGGGCUUCCCAAUAGCCCUGGCCCCAGGGAGGGGGCAGCUCUGCCACGGCCCCCACGUUCGUGGCUCCUCCUCCCCGUCAGGCCUCCAGGAUGCCCCUCCGUCCUCUGCAGCACCUUCGUUUACAGGUUGUCUUUUCUACUUUAUGCCUGCAUGUCCUUUGCAUUUCAGAUUCUUUAGAUUGGAUGCAUGGUCACUGCUGGGACCGAGAAGAGCCACUCCACAAUGUAUUUGAUUCCCUUUUAGCAAUAAAGUAACACCGUUUUCUUCUCACAGCCCUCAUUCCCAGCCCCCCAGAUCACCUAUGAUUUCCACUUCCUCUCCAGCUUUGUCCCCUCACUCACCAAAACUGGGUCCACUACUAAAUUGUCAAAGAAAAAAAAAAGGUUAUUGUUUAAAAAAUAAUCCCAAGUGAACAAAUGGGAAUCCUGCCCUGAAAUGUCCAAACUCCUGACUGUUGACACUUGAACGUUUUUAUAUUAUAAAUAAAAUCAGAAAUAACUCA